AGAUAAAGAAAGAAUGACGUAACCACUUCCACAACAACAAGAAGCAGAGAAACAAGGAAGUGGAUGAUUGUGUAAAGCCGUAACCUAUAAGAAGGCCGUGACAAGAUUCGUUGAGUUCAGUGAAACCAGAUAUUUUUCAACCUCCGGAUCAAUCCACAACUAUGAAUAACAAAGGUUCAUAUCCACAGCAGGCUGUGUAUCCUCAGCAGAGCACUGCACCUGUGUACCCUCCUGCUAUGCAAAUGUCUCCUCAGGCACCCCCCUACACGGAUACACCACCUGCGUAUUCUGAGAUAUACCAGCCCAGGUAUGUGCUUCCACCUCAGAUGACUGGCCAGGUGCCGCAGAUGUCUUCUCCUUAUCCUGGCGCCCAGGUGUACAUGCCCAUGCAGCCACACAUGCAGGUUGGACCGGUGGGCCAGAAUGUCCCCAUGGCUUACUAUCCCAUGGGAACAAUGUACUCCCCUGGAUCAACAGUAAUGGUUGAAGGUGGCUUUGAUGCUGGUGCUCGCUUCUCAGCUGGCAGUAGCGUUUCCAUCCCACCACCACCUCCAGGACACCCCCCCAACGCAGCUCAGCUGGCCGCCAUGCAAGGCGCCAACGUUGUCAUGACGCAGCGUAAGAACAACUUCUUCAUGGGCGGAUCCAAUGGAGGGUAUACCAUCUGGUAACAGCAAGUCCCUCAUUGUUUAUGCCUAUACCAUACCCGCCCCCCUCCACCCCGAUGAUACCCCUGUUACUCCCCCAUCCCAUACGCCUCCUUCUUUAGGCUGCUUGGCCAUGCCACAAUACUGAUAUCACCUAACGGAAUGUAAUAUUUUAGAGCCCUUGUAAAAGGUACAGUACUCCACUUCUGACUUGGAAAUGAAACGAUAAAAACGACACCACCUGGAGAAAACCCAUCCCAUAAUCCUCCAUUGAAUCGAACCUCCAUAUUGGAACUCUACCAGGCGUCCGUAUCUGCUCAAGUGACCCGCUUUUUUCUUAUGAUCCAAUGUUACAAAUUAAAUGGAGACGUCCUUGUAAUCCUGUGAAAGUAAAUAGUUGAAAUGUCGAAAUAUCAUACUGCAUUACUAUAGUUUAGCUGCUUUAUGGUGACAGUGAAAUGCAAAGUUGCAGUUAGUUAAAAAGAAACCUUGUCUUUUUUGAAAAAUCCUUAAACGUGUAGUUAGAUGUGUAAUACUUCCUUGUAAAUAUUCUUCUGAUGAUCAAGAGAUGAAACAUCUCAACUGUUAAGAUGGGGAAGACAACAACAUCAACAAAGCAUCCUGGAUGCUUUUAGCUAGCAUCGCAUUGUCUUUUGCACAAAAAUACCCAAAUCAAAUUUGUUGCACAUGGAACAAUCUGACAGAUCGUUCUAUUUAAAUUGCUUGUAAAUGGAAAAAAAUAAAAACUUAAAUAUAAAAAAAUAAUAAUGAUUUGAUGCAAUAUCUUAAGUGGUUUACUGUACCUUGUUGGGCAACUUGUAGAUGAACAUAGUCAAGUGCCAAAGAGCACUGGGGUUAGCCCUAAACCGAAGCAACGUAACUUCAGUAACCUUAAAGGAAAGAAAUUUAAAGUCAAUCCAAAAAGAUACAUUGUAAAGGAGGGUGGUUGGUGUAACAUUUUUAGCUUUUUAUGUAUCCAGUUUCUAUUUCAGUCGGAUACCCAGUUUGUUAACAAAGUGUGUAAUCAUAAAGAUUUUAAAAUGUAUUGGGUUUUUUUCUGUUUCCACUUGGUGUUACAUAGUACCGCAUUUUUUUCAUGUACUUUCAUGUACUGUACACCUUAUUAGAAGACAUUUGGAACUUUUGUUAGCAUGAUUUCAUCAAAUAUUGGCUUUUUGACUGCUUGUCUUCGUGAUUUUGACACAAAUGUAUUUGAAAGUCAAAACCAAGGAGAAGGUUGUACCAAAGAUCUGGUAUCUUCAGUGGAUUUUAGUUUAAUCGUAACGUCAACUUAAAAGCAAUCAUAUCCACGGUCGCUCUUCUCUCCUUGUGGGUUUCAUUCAUUUAUGAGUUGCUGCAUACUUUUGCACCCUUAUUUUAUUUUUUUGCAAUGUUUUUAUCUAAGAUGCACUGCUAAGCAAAACUGAGAAGCUGCAGACAUGGGGCUAUUCUCUUAAAAACUCUGUUUUCAGGUGUUCUUAAAGAAAGACACAUGUAGACUUUGAUGUACAUCCAGCUCAAUUUUCUCUUCUUUUAAAUUUGUCAUGCGCUUUUUGUUUAAUGAGCUAAAAGUGGGAGCAAACCUUUUUGAAAUAAAAUCUACACAUGACUGUCAUUUCUUGGGCACUUUCUAAUUCUCUGAAAUAUCUUUAAGUCUUAUCAUAGCACAGCAUCUGGCAAUCUUUGUUUAGUUCAGCAUUUAAAAGGAGAUCGAUUCCAUAAAGUAACAUUUGUAAAUAUCAGGGGUUGUUCAUUUUUGUGGUGUUGGGUGUGGUGUGUUUCUGGGUAUCCGACAUAAAACGUCAAGUUUUACCAGCUGUGGCUUCCGAUAAAAGAAAGAGCACGCUUCAGGUGACUUCAGUGUUAUUUUUAUUCCAAUGAAACAUUUCCGCGAGUCUGCUUCGUUCAUUCAAUUUAAUGAUAGCCUCACCUGAAAUCCAAACACGUGACUGAAAUGUUGCUGCAGUGUCUGAAAACACACUUUAGUAUCCAUUCAUUCCCAACGUCGGCAAGGCCACAGCUGCCAAAACUUCCACACUUGAAAUGUUUUCUGUGUCUCUGCUCUCUUGGUACGGGAGUAUUACGGUGGCUUUACUCCACUCAGGUAAAGUGCCGUAAACUACUAUCCGGUCGAUGCUAUGCCAACCACAGCCAGCAAAUGAAAACACUCUUUGUUGAAGGAUUAUGGACAUUCAUAGUUCAGGGAUUCUCUUUACAAUAUUUUGUAAAAUAGAUGUAUGUGCUAAAGUGACCAGACUCACUUGGGUACACAUUCUAUCUUUUAAGAUUACUAAAGGAGAUGAGUGUCACUACAGUUUGCUGAGACAUGUCAAAGAUGGAAUACUUUGAAAAAGGUGCACUUAACUUUUUUAUACUAAACUUAAAAUUUAAAAUGUAAGUUUAGAAUAAAGGUUAUUUUGGAAAUUUCAAA